ACUGCGCAGCAGCGAAUUGAAAGCGGUGAUUUGAAAGUUUUCUGCUUCGCCUUCGGUUGGCCAGGAUUAUUUUUUUAACGAAUACUUUCUGCUGAAAAAAUAAAUAGGAUUGUGAGUUGGGUAACGAAGGCAAAAAUGAAAAGAAAUCGUGGAUCAACAGAUAGUCUAAGGCGUAGAAGUGGACCCUGUUUCAGUCCGAAGGCGAAAUCGAAGGCUGACGCCAUCAUCAGCACUCGGGGAAAUGAAGAAAACGUCUCACCGGUCUUGCGGAGAUCACCCCGCCUAGCGGCCCGGCUGAAGUCAUCGCCUCUUACAUCGGACGUGGGCAGCCCUCGCACUCGCAGCUCGACCUCGGCUGGCGCAGGAGGAGUGAUCGCGAAAUCUAUUUCCCCAUUCAUGCCUCUUGAACUGGAUGAUAACGUGCCAGAACAUGGAACUAAAGUAACGAGAUCCUCAUCCAUUGCUUCGAGGAGUUCAAGAAGAAAUGAUGAUCAUGAUAUGGACAAUGUAUUUGACACUUCACUGAGUCCCAUCAAAGUUUUGUCUCCUUCGGCUUCGAGUCCGAUAAAGUCAUGCCCCCCCAAAAAGGCAACAAACCCAGAGGCAGAGCCAAGGCCCAUCAUACCAAGUCAGAGUCCGAAAGAUAAUUCAAAUAUGUCAAGCUUCAUGCAAGACUCUUCAAUGGCAUGCCCAGACACAACCUUUGUGGUUAAAACCAAACGGAGGAAAAGGAAAAAGACAUACUCAGAUGAUGAAGAUGAACUGUCUUUCUUUGAGUCAUUCAAAAGAAAGAAACGGAGAAAUACAUGUACCGGUGAAGAUGCUGAUACACUAAGCAUGAGAAGCUUUAGCCUGCGGAAACGCAGGAACACAGACUCGGACAGUGAUACAGUCAGUCUCCGAAGCUUCAGUCUUCGGUCUUCUUUCCGCAUAAAACGGGAUUCCAAGCCUGACCUUGAUACCCUCAGUUUGCAAAGCUUCUCAAUGGUAAGUCUUUAUGGGUCUUGGGGAAGGAUGUAAGUACUUAGUAAGUAGUUUGAUUGAUCAAUUAUCACCAUGCUGGUGUGUAUUAAUAAUUCCAAACUUGUAGAUUAAGCUCUGUAAAGGACUGUUAAUCUUAAAAAGAAUAUGAGAUGUUAUUGCUUGGAGCAAGGGGCAAAGGUUGUUUGGAUCAGUUUUAAAAUGCAGUUUCAAAAGCAAUUUUCUAUGAGAUAUAGACGCCUUGAAUUAGUUCCCAAUCACCCCUUCUCAAUUAUUUUGAAGAUUUACUUUUGGUCAAUGUACCCUAAAAUUCUGACAAAUAAAUUUUAUAUCAACCAACAUAGAUUUGCUGAGUAUUGAAUUGUCCAAGAGUUAAUUUUUGUCUCGCUCACCAGAGGUGAAGGCGAGACUUGGGGAUCCAAAUGUCGUCCGUCCGUCACAAACCUUAUGACACAUAACUCCACAACCGUAAGUCACUUUUCAACCAAACUUGGAUGGUAGAUGGACUUGGGGAACCUGCAUGUUAUGCUGCAGUCGGAGGUCACAUGGUAAGGUCAACGGUCAUUUUCAGGUCAACGUUAAAGUUUACAUGCAAGAAUCUUGAUCUUAUGACACCUAACUCCGCAACCGUAAGUUACUUUUCAACCAAACUUGGAUGGUAGAAGGACUUGGGGGACCUGCAUAUUAUGCUGCAGUCGGAGGUCACAUGGUAAGGUCAAAGGUCAUUUUCAGGUCAACGUUAAAGUUUACAUGCAAGACUUUCUUAUGACACCUAACUCUGCAACCGUAAGUCACUUUUCAACCAAACCUGGAUGGUAGAUGGACAUGGGGGACCUGCAUGUUAUGCUGCAGUCGGAGGUCACAUGGUAAGAUCAAAGGUCAUUUUCAGGUCAAUGUUAAAGUUUGCGUGCAAGACUCUCUUAUGACACCUAACUCCGCAACCGUAUGUCACUUUUCAACCAAACUUGGAUGGUAGAUGGACUUGGGGGACCUGCAUGUUAUACUGCAGUUGGAGGUCACAUGGUAAGGUCAUUUUCAGGUCAACGUUAAAGUUUACAUACAUGACUGUCUUAUGACACCUUACUCCGCAACCGCAAGUCACUUUUCACCAAAACUUGGAUUGUCGAUCUACUUAUGAGACCUGCAUGUCAUGCUGCAGUCGGAGGUCACAUGAUAAAGUCAAAGGUCAUUUUCAGGUCAACGUUAAAGUUUCCGUGCAAGACUCUCUUUAGUCUUAUGACACAUAACUCUGCAACCGCAAAUCACUUUUCAACCAAACUUGGAUGGUAGAUGUACUUAGGGGACCUGCAUGCUAUUAUGUUGGGAGGUCACAUGGUAUGGUCAAAGUUCAUUUUGAGGUCAACAUUAAAGUUUACAUGCAAGACUCUUAUGACAAGUGUUAUUCCAUCUCAGUCAUUUCACAAUGAAAUUUCGAUACAAUUCCGUUGCGUGCCCUCGCAAAUUACGAUAUUUCUGGUUAUUUUCGUAAGCGGGCAAGACACAAAAUCGCUUUUGCCUUGUUUUUUUAAGAGUUUCAUUUUUUUUUUCUUAUGAAUGAAUUUGACUCAAACUUACACUAAUUAAUGAAGCAAUGUUUUGGUGAGUUUAUGGAAUUUUGUUUGUUUGGUGUUGUUUUUUUUACUUGAGAAAUGGUUGUUAUUUUUCAUAGUGUUUUUGCAGCAUACAAAGCUUGAAGAUGUGAGCUCUAGAGCCAACUCAUAUGGCUCUGUGCGAUGCCUUUGCUUAAUUCAACUCGCUAUAACUUUUCGCUGCAACAUUUUGCUUCCUGACUAUUUAAUAUUUUUUUGGAAAAUAAUGAUAAGAAAUGUGGUAAAUAAUGCCUGAUUUCACACACAUAUGGUAUUAUUAUGGUAAAGUUAAAUACAAUAGAUUGCUUGGUAGAGCGUGAAAUACAAAGUUCGCGCGGCAAUUAGUGCAUUUUUGCAAAGAACGUGUGGAAAGGGUUAAUAUGGAUAAAAUAUGAAGAAUAAAUACUGCCAUCUUGUGUUAAGCUUUAUAAGGGUUCCCAUUGCUGAAACAUAACAUAUUUUUUCAUGAGUGGAAAAUAAUCUGCCUCUAAUUCCCAAAUGGUCACAUUAAAAAGAAAUAACCCCAAAUGUGGAAUGAUUUCAGACUAUUUUGUGCAUUUGCGAAUGUUUGCUUAGUACAGUUUUGAAGAAAUAAACAAUAAAGAAAUAAAUAAAAUGACUUUUGCCAAAGCUGAAACAAUUAAUGAUACUUUUUUCACUCUCGUCUUGAUCUUUAUUAAUCCAGGGCCGCCCUUCAAAACAAAAACAUGUAUAUUUUUUAACAGAUGGUAAUUACUGAUCCCCCCUCAAAAAAAGUAAUUUGAUGUAAAAAACUAUAACAAAAGAAAAAUGAGAAGAUGAUGUAAUAUUUUUUCAAAAAAAAGUAUACCUUUGGAUAAAAUUAUGAAUAAAAAUACCUUAAAUUUUGAAACAAGGUUACCCAUAAUGCCCUUUUGAGGAGCUUCCUUUUUUUUUUUGCAUGGAGAUGUAUAACAGAGAUAGGGACUAGGGAGGUUAGUAAAAAUGAACGACUUCCUGAAAGUGGCUACGUGCAUGUUAGAAUGGGUAGAUUGGGUAAUCAGGAUUACUUGUAGCAUUGACCUAUUUGUAAUAGGUCAAUGUCGGUAGCAAUGGCCCUCAAUUGACCACAACUUUAAAACUUUCUAAGUGUGUAUAAGUAUAAUUGUAUAAUAAUGAUGAUUAUAGUAUGUCUGUAUGCAUCUUGAGUCAGAUUUCUUCCAAUUUAUUUGUUGUUAUAUCCUUCAUAUCUUGGUAUACAUUGUAGAUCAGCAACCAUGCUGUGUAUAUGUUUUGCAAGAUACAGACUCAAAUUCUUAAAUUUUCCUGAAGUCUUUUGUUCCUUUGCAGUUUAUUGAUAAGAAGUUAAGAAUAUUUUUACUUAAUGCUUGUACAAGUACACUUGCAGACCUUCAUUUUUGAGGAGCGCGGUCGCGCUGGUGCUCCUACCGCGCUCCUAAAAAAAUAAGGAGAACAAAAAAUCGCACUCCU